CUCCAUUGCCGAUUGCGGUCGCUUGAUUUGCAAAUAGCCCCAAAAACCAACAAAAUGGAGAACGACGCCGGUGAGAAUGUUGAUCUGUAUGUGCCCCGCAAAUGCUCGGCGUCCAACAGGAUCAUCCACGCCAAGGACCACGCUUCCGUGCAACUGACCAUCGUUGAUGUGGAUCCCGAGACCGGCCGUCAGACCGACGGUUCCAAGACUUACGCCAUCUGCGGAGAGAUCCGUCGCAUGGGAGAGUCCGACGACUGCAUUGUGCGUCUGGCCAAGAAGGACGGCCUCAUUACCAAGAACUUCUAAAUGUUUAAAAGAAAAAAACAAUAAUAUGAACAUGAUUUUGGUAAUAAAGCGAAUUCCCUUGUAAUUUAACGUAUCAAAAGUGUCUUUUGUUGUUAAGCGGGAUUCUAUGGAUUUAUUUGAUAAUUCAAAAGUGAUUAAAUUCCUUUUAGAAUCAGUCA